GAGCCUUGGAUAACGAAGGGGGGGAUAGGCAUUGUGGCUGUCUGCCGCACCCUACAGGAAAAUGACGGUAUUGAGCUUGCACCCGGGCGUCGGUUGACUGACCUCGACUAUGGCGAUGACAUCGCUUUGUCGAUCUAUGGUGUCACGGACGAACGACGUCGCGAAAUCGGUCGCAUUGUCUAUUCCACCGGCUUUUCAACGCCUCCUAUGACCGAGUUUGUUAUCUUUCACUCGUCGUGGCCCUUGCCCGAGGCCCUUGCAAAGACUACAUAA